UUCAUAGGUUUUACAGAGGGAGAUGGUUCUUUUAUUGUAUCUAAGGAUAAAAUCUAUUUUGAUAUAACUCAAAGUAUUUCGGAUAUACAAGUUCUUUAUUAUAUAAAAAAAGAACUAGGAUUUGGUAAAAUUUUAAUGAGGAAGGAGGGAAAUAGAAAUGUAGGAGUUUUUUAUGUUUCUUCAAAAGAAAACUUUACUAGAUUAAUUCAUAUAUUUAAUGGUAAUUUAUGCACUCAUUAUAAAAAAGAACAAUUUAAAGUAUGA